CCCUUGAAAUCUCCCGUGUACUAUGACUUGCAAACCUCGUUGGGAAAUUGGUUGGACAGUGAUCAGGAAGUGUCCUUUCAGUCGAGUGGGAAUGGAGAUGAUCCUCCCAUGGUCCUCCCCAAACCGCCCUUUACAUCGCAGCAAUGUCGCACGGAACUCUUGCGGUUGCAUUCGUUACGGAAGUGUUUGAGCAAUUCCAUUUUAAAACCUCACUCGCACAAGGCCGCGUUGGAAGAAAAUGCCUUGGAAGAUAGUAUGGAAUACCACGCGGCCUUGCUGGAAUUUGAACAGCGGGGAUUUCCCACACUGGACGAUGAAAACAAUGAAUUGGAGUUGGUAUGGAAGGCCGCCUUUUCGCCGCAAAAGGAAGGCCAUCACACUCUGGUGUGGGAUCGAGCCUGUUGUUUGUGGAAUAUUGCCGCCUUGUAUUCGCAAAAAAUUCUCACACUGGCGGAGAAUUAUGCGGAAGAACGAGAUGCUCAAAAACAAAUCAUUCAGUACUCGCAAACCGCGGCGUCGUUAUUGAAUAUUCUCGGUCAACUAGUGUCGUCGGAUGAGAAUAUGGACUUGGCCACGGUCGAAAUGAGCAAACCCAUGAUUACCUUUUGGGAAAAAUGGUUCUUGGCACAAGCCCAAUCGACCAUUCCCAAGAUUGCUGAUCAAUCCAAGCAUUCCAUUUUGGCCGCGUUGCAUGCCAGUACACAUCAACUAUUCAAUGAAGCACUGGCAUGUGCCCAAGAUCCCCGGUUGCAGUCGGAAGUACCCCGGUUUGCCAAGGAAUGGGGGGCCUACUGUAAAGCACAAUCCAUGUUGUCUUCUGCCAAGGCCGAAUAUCACAUGGCAUUGGCACACCGCACAACGCAACAAUGGGGCCACGAAUUGGCACGGCUCAAAACGUGUUGGCAAAAAUUGCAAGAGGCGCACAAGUUCUUGGAAGCCGCGUCGGAAGAACAGUCAUUGAUUGGGAUUCGUCGACAAGUGGACACGUAUUUGCCCUUUGUGGAAAAUCGAUACCAACAAGCUCAUACGGACAAUACCACGGUCUAUCAAGAUGAAGUGCCGGCAUCACUGCCGGAUGUGGAACCCAAACAAUUGGCCAAACUGAAUGGAGGAACCUUGCCAGAACCCAUGACCAAUCCCAAGGUCAAACUAUUUGUCAACUUGUAG